CCCCCCCCCCCCAAACCCUCUCUUCUUCUACCCUCCCCGGCUCCCGCGGGCGAACUGGGAAAGGCGGGCGUCUCGCGGCCAGUACAUUUGGGCCCAGGGGUUGUGGUGGAGAUUUUGCUUGUUAAUAUAGCUAGUUGGAGAGAAUCUGGAAGUUGUAAUGGGGGAAAACACUCGUGGUAGUGGUCGCCGUGCAUUCGGGGACUUGACAAAUGUCCUUUGCAAGCGACGAGCCCCAACAGAUUUUGAGAUGAGUUCAGGUGGAAUAAAGAUUAGACGGAUUGAAAAGGACGUUGAGCCUAGGAAACAGUCUGAUGAAAAUGCAAAAACCAGCGGUGGAGGGAAAGGAAUCAUAUUUGGAAAUUUGUUUGAUGGUGUUGCCAAAGAGAAUGUUGAAAGGCCCUCUAUUUUUCGUGGCACAAAGGUUCAGCACAUGGCAGCCGAGGCCGCUGGGCUGCUAUCCAAGGAGGCCAGUGAGGCGAGGAACCAUUGUGCGUCAAUGGAUUCAUCUGAUCUCAGUGACAAGGACCUGGAGUCUUCUCUGGAAUCAGGUGGUGGCUGUGAAGAGGAUGAUGAUGAGAUAGAUGGUGAUUUGCUGAGUCAAUUUGGCAGCUCAGAGCUGGUUAGUAAAAUCAUAGCCACUGACGGUGAAUGUCUGACUCAAGAGGAGAUAGUUGGAUCAUCAGGAAAUCAGGAGCCUCUGUCUUCAUUGGACUUCAUGAUCGGUGGAAACAUGCCAAAUUCCAACGUUCAGCCUGCUUCAAUGAGAGUUGGUGGCUUGGAAGAAGCUGUUGCCACAAAGCCAUGUGCUUGCUCUUUCUAUACUAAGGCUGCUUUUAUGUGGACUGAUCUCCAUUAUCAGGAUUCAAGAAGCCGGCUUUCUGUAUUGAAGAAGAGUAUAAAGCUUGCUAGGUCGAUAGAGGCAAAAAGCCGAGGCAAUGAAUGUGCUGCCAAUGCAGUCAAAUAUAACUCAAGACGAGCUGCAGAGAUGGAGUAUGGAUUAUCUCAACAACAGAGAUCACUCUUUCUUUACACUGAGAAUGUCCUUAUUCGUGAGUCUACACAGCUUCAUUCAGCUUUUGUGAAGUUAAAGGAACUGAGAGAGAACUGCAAGACAGAUCUUGAGAAGAUAAGCAAUUCUUCGUUGGGAAAAUGAGUUCUGCAUGGUUGUGCUGCUGAACGUUUUGUUUCCCUGACAAUUAGUAAGAGCAUCGGGAUUGGUUUGAAUCAAGAUGUGUAUUAAGGUUGGCUGUGAACUUAGGAAUUAGGUGUUUGGCUCUUAUGAUAACUCCUAUCUAGAAGCAUUGCCCAGCAUGUUUGUAUUGUCUCAGACUCUAUAAAGAUAAGCAGAGAACAUGCUGAUGUAAAAAAUCUCCAUGGGAAGUUAGGAGCUGUAUGUUGUCGCAAUGAGACAGGAUCCUCUUCACUUUACCUGGCAGUGGGCUUGCUUC